ACAAGCAGAGAGCGCGGUCACAUGCGGCGCGUGCAGCGGCGGCACUGCAGGAACCUGAAGGCUUGGGAAGCGCUCCAGGAGCAGACUCCAGUCUCUGCUUCUCGGCCACAUGGUUCUCCUCCGGCACAUCUCCAUCGCCCUGACCGCCGCCGUGGCUGCGCUGGGCUCCGCGCUCUUCAUCGCCCUAAACUACUUCUACAAGAGGCGCGUCUGGUCCCCACAGGCGGCAUACUGCACCAUCACAGAGGAGGAGGAGGAGCAGGAGAAGCGGCAAGUUCUGGUUCUGGGCCUGGAUGGAGCCGGAAAGAGCAGCAUGCUGCAGGGUUUGAACCCUGGGGAGUCCGCAGCUAAAAGGGGCCGGUGCCGGCCCACCCGCGGCUUCAACUUCAUGAGCCUGGACGCCAAUAGUUGUCAGCUUGGCUUUCUGGAGAUUGGUGGCGGUGAGGACCUGCGGCGGUACUGGUCCGACUACCUGAGACGGACUCACAUCCUGGUGUUCGUGGUGGACUCGUCUGACAGGAGCCGCCUCCCACUGGCGAAGGCCGAACUGCACCGCCUCCUGAGGUUGCAGCCACAGUUGCCCGUCGUUGUUUUGGGCAACAAGCAGGACAAGCAUGACGCCCUGAGUGUUGCAGAGCUCCAUGAUGCCUUGUCUCUGGACGCUGUGACUGACGAUAGGAAACUUUUCCUACUCGCUGCCCAGCUGGACGCCGAGGGAGACAAGAGGAGGUCCCGUCAGGGUCUGGACACCGUCCAGGACCUCAUCCUGCAGCUCGUCUGAUCUCACAUCCCUCUGCAACCGGAGGCGAAAGGAGAACUGAACCAAAAGUAGAGCUUAAGAACACGGUUCUCCAUUCUCCUGUUUUUGUUGGAGCUCUGUGCUCGUUUCAGGCAGCAGAGGUGGUGAGCUGCAGGAAAAGACAUCAGAAUCCACUGCUAUGGGGCGGGUAUACCAACAGGGGAAGAGGAGGAACACAGUAGGAGGAAGCUUUGAUACAAUCAGGUCAAAAUGUCCUAGCUUCACGGAGGAGUCGUUUUUUUUAAAUCUUGCAUAUUUGAACACAUUUGCACAUUUUUAGCUGCUUUUUCUUUUUGAUUUAUUUAUGCAGAAUGAGAUAAAAGUGAGGAGAAAAUGUAGUUUUCAGACUCAUCAGCUUAAGCAGCCUGUAAACUAAAUGACAAGUUCUAUGAGAUCAUUCCCUUGGGGGAUAAUUACAGACUUCUGUAUUGGUGUUUUAUUUAUGGAGAUUCAAAGUGGAGCCCAGUGACAUUUAUUCUUUGUCAUUUUACAGCACAGCCCUGCAGCAGCUGUAAAAAAUAUGGUUCACUUUACAUUAUUUAAAAGGAUUUUCAGGCUUAUAAAACGUGCUCUGCAGGAACAGAGGAAUCUAAUAUUCAACCAGAGGCUGCAAAAAGAAGUUUAAUAUGAACAGGAGUUAUGAAAGAACUCAAGUGCAGAACUGUGAAGCUGUUAAAGGUCUUAAACACUGCAGCUCACAAGUUUCAUGUUUAUACUGGGACUCCAUGCAGCACUGAAGGUUCUGUUCUGAAUGGACUUCAAGGACAAACUGGCAGAAAUCCCAAACUAUGGCUGCAAGGACGUAAAAAUGUUAACUUGGUCCUUCACACAUAGGUGGUUUUGGCCUUUUCUGUUUAUUUUAAGUGGCUUUUUUAAAAGAUUCUAUAAUAUUCUGAACUUGGUGGUUUUUCAACAUCCAGAAACAGAUACGAUUAAAACUAAGUAAAAAAAAAAAAAAAAAA